GUCGGCUACUGGCGCGUUUAUUGGUUGUGCGGCUCCGAGUUGGGAACCCGCCGUGAUCUCGGGCUGCUGUUUCGUUCCCCUGGCGGUCGGGAAGGACCGUUCCAAAAAGUCGGGGAGGAAAAGCGAAGAGCAGCAGCAAGCUGGUUUUGAACAAAAUAGCCAGAUUUUUGACGGAUCGUCUUCCAGCAGUCCUUUGGCCAAAUCCAGUCACCAAGCCUGUGCGAACAAAAGAAAGUUCCCACCAUCCAGGGUUGAUUUUACAUGCCACUUGGAAGAUGACGCCAAAGCAUGAAACACAGGAAUUCGUAACGGUCUUGGUGCGAGACCCCAGGCUACAAAAAGAAGACUAUUGGCAUUCAUAUAUAGAUUAUGAAAUCUUCAUUCAUACAAAUAGCAUGUGUUUUACAAGGAAAACAUCUUGUGUCCGACGGCGCUUUCGCGAAUUUGUAUGGCUUCGUCAGAGACUUCAGAGCAACGCUGUGUUAAUGCAAUUGCCAGAACUUCCAUCAAAAACUCCCUUUUUUAACUCCAAUAAUCCCCAACAUGUGGACCAACGUCGUCAAGGCUUGCAACAAUUUCUCCAACAGAUUCUCCAGAAUACACUACUGCUUUCAGAUAGUAGACUUCACCUCUUCGUACAAACCCAGCUGAGUCCAGAAGAGAUUGAGGCAUGCGUAUCCGGACACACGAAAUAUUCUGUUGCUGAAGCGAUCCAUGAGUUUGCCUGUUUGAAACGGCGGUUUCCUGUAGAACGUGAAGAGAGGAAAAAAGAGGAAAAUUAUGCAGAUUCAGAUUCUGAGAGUUCAUCCUCAGGGCUUGGACACAGCAGUGAUGAUAGCAAUUCACAUGGAUGUAAAGGAAGCACAGUUCCUGAAGAACCCUGAAUUAUCAUUUGUACAUGGCCAGCACUGAAAUGACAGAUAUAAACUUCAAAUUGUGGUUGAAAGUUGCAUGUGACAUAGAUGUGCCAUCCACCCAGUUGCCAAAGCAUGUCUUUUCUCAGUUUUUGAAACUGUUUGUUUGUUCAUUCAUUCAUUCAUUCAUUCACAAUGUAUGCAUUAAAGCCUUUACAAUAUUGAAUGAUACAAAUACUGCCUGUGGCGAGACACCUUAAAUAAAUGAGAUUUCUUCCAUGUGAUUCUAUGGAGCUCACUGUAACGGAGAGAAAGGGGUAUAUUUAGAUGCUUUAUAUUUGAAUAUUUAACUUCUCAAAAUUCACAAAAUGUAUUUUCAUUUGAUUUUCUUUCUUUUUUUACAGCUGAUGUUAGCUACCUAACUCAGUUAUAAAAACUAGACUUCUUAUCGUAACUAACACACAGUGCAACACUAUGCAUGUUUACUCAGAAGUAAAUCCCAUUGUGUUUAAUGGGCCUUACUUCCAGAUAAGUGCAUAGGAUUGCAGCCAGAGGAAUAAGUGACCAAAUGAGUUUUCUAGUGAACUUGUUGAAAUAAUACCUUUCAUCCUAAAAAUAAUUGUUGGCUACAACGUUGUAGCCACAGUUACAGACUACUAUCUGGGACAGGGUUAGGCAUACUUAAGGCUAGUUGAACUCAAUAGACUUAAUUGUGCCUAUCCAUAGUGAACUGUGGCUACAGGCCAUGGUUUGUGUAUUGCUCUUUGUUGUGACCAAGAAACAGUGUAUUGUGAAAGUGUGGGUAGUUAUAUUUUAAAAUUGAUUUUAAUGUGAACUUUCUUUGACAGAGAUGUAGCAAUGAGGAAUAAGAAGGAAAAGAAGAUUUUAACCAAUGAUAACCAGAAAGAAACAUCUAGGUGGUCAAAUAAAAGUUUAAUCUUGCAGAAUUUAUGUUUAAAUUCUGCAGUGAGGUAACUUUGUAAAUUCAUUUAGUUUCAUUAGCACCCCAUCCAAACAUGCAUUUACUAGGGGAAAAGUUCUACCCAAAUCAAGUAAAUGUUUUUUAAAUACUGGAGUAAAUUUGGGAGAUGAGAGUUGGAGAGCAAGUACGCAAGUAACUUUUUUGGAGCCAAUGGUCUUUUUGUUGUUGUUCAUGUCAGCAUUUGCACAUCAAAGUGUCUUGUAGUUCACCUUUCUGUUGAAUUGUACAUAUACACACCUAGUCCUAAUCACUGAAGGAGAUACCUGAUGCAUGCUUCAGUAACUUUUAGAAAAUUUAAUUAAAGCUUGUUACUGUCAAAUGAACAAAAGACUGCCUUAAACGUUGGCUGAGAAAGAAUGAACUGGAAUAAGAUGUAAUUGUUUACUUUAAAAUUAUUUGUAUCUGUGUUUGUUAUAGUUCGUCUGAAGCAAUUUCUGCACUUUAAAUUUAGUAGGCUGCUAACAUUCAGUAUACAAAGCCUAAGGACCUCUUUAACACCAAUGUGAUGCCACUUACUAGAUGCCCGCUCAGGACCCUAGAGUAAGGCAGAUGGAAGGUUUCAGGUCAACUUUUCCAGUCAAACGUUAUCUUAGACCAGCCUAAUUCAGUCAUGAAUUGCUGGAUUUGUUAUAGUGUUGUCAGCUUUAUCUCUCUCAUUUUGUGUUGAGACGGAAUUAUUUUCUUCCUGUAUGUUGGACAGCUGCCUUUCACACUGCCAGUGCAAUUCUAUAUAUGUCUACUUAGUAGUAAGCUACAUUGAGUUCAAUGGGCUUUACUCCCGGGUAAUUGUGUACAGGAUUGCGUUCUGUGUCUUUUAUGUAUGUUUUUGUAUACCAAAUAUUAGUGAGAUACCUAAAUGCUGACUGUUCUUUGUGUUCUACUGUUUAACAUGUCUAGAAAGUGUUUGUAUUUUGUCAGAUUUUAAAAUAAAAUAUUCUGUAUGUAA